AUGCCACAUAAAGGGGGCCGACAGACUAUCCAUCAUCUACUGAAGAGGAGGAGGAGGAGGAGGAAACAGAAGAAAGACAAUUAAAUCAAGGAAGAGUAGAGGGUUGAAAAGAGAAAGAAAACAGACGAAAAUAUAGAAUAGAGACAGAAAAGAGAGAAAGAGAUCAAAUCCACUAUCGGACAAGAAAAGAUGGCUUAUUUGUUGGGAAAAGGGUUGCUUGCCCAUGUUUACCUGCUCUUCUUGCUGUUGGCCAUCAGGUCGCAUGUGCAACCUGUCCAUGGAGGUUUGAGGGCAGAGAGACUGGAAGAAGGCACCACAGAAGUCAUCAGUCACUCGCAGGGGCUGGUGGCACGGCUGGAGGGCCUUCUAAUGCUGGGGAAUAACAGUGACAUUUCCCUACGUGUGGAAACAGUGAAUGCGGAUGAGGUCAAGGUGAUCCAAGCCCACACGCUGGUGCUUUCACUGCAGAGCCGAGUGUUUGAAGAGAUGCUGAGAAACCGCAAUAGUAGCACGCUAGUGCUGCGAGAAAUAGCAGAAUGCACUGCUGUGUUCGAUAAAUUCAUCAGAUAUCUGUAUUGUGGUGAACUCUCAUUGCAGUUGGACCAGGCCACACCACUGCACAGACUGGCAACCAAAUACGGCAUCUCCAGCCUCCAGCAAGGACUAACCCAGUACAUGAGCCAGAACCUGGCCAGCGAUUCUCUAGGCGGUCAUGUGGUGAGUUGGUACCAGUAUGCCGUGACGGUUGGCGACACGGCACUGAGAGACAGUUGCCUUCAGUUUUUGUCGUGGAAUCUGUCAUCGGUGCUUCAGAGUGCAGAAUGGCCGUCGGUUAGUGUUGAAUUGCUAAUGACCCUCCUGCAGCGCUCUGAUUUAGUAUUGAAGAGCGAGCUGGAACUGUUUGAGGCGCUUGAAAUCUGGAUCACCCAGAAUGACCCAGACAGCCUGAAAGCAGAGAACGCUCUUCGACUGGUGCGCUAUGCCAUGAUCCCUCCACGUGAACUGUUUCGCUUGCAGCGACAGUCGCCGAUCAUGCAGCGCUACCACGAGUCGGUGCGUGAUCUUCUCUACCUGUCGUAUCAGUUCCAUUCAGCUUCACCCCUUCAGCUAGCCAAGUUUUUCGACGUGAACUGCAGCCUCUUCGUACCCCGCAACUAUCUCUCAUCCAUGUGGGGGUCUCAGUGGAUCAUAAGCAACCCAGCACGGGACGACCGCAGCACCAGUUUCCAGACCCAGUUGGGUCCAAGCGGAUUUGACUCCAGUAAGCGGGUGACGUGGAACGCCCUGUUCUCGCCCCGCUGGCUCCCUCUCAGCAUGCGGCCCAUGUACACCGAACAGGGCGCCAUGCAGCCACCGCGGCCCGAUGGAGGAAGUGGAAUUGCCCGGCCUCGUAUCAUCAUCACACCUGCUACUUCCAGUGCAGAUUUUGCGGGUGUAAGCUUCCAAAAGACUCUGCUCAUCUUGACAAAGCAGAAGGGCAAGCUCGUGGUGCGGCAUAUCUUCGGUUUCCACCAAAGCACAGAGGAGGUGGGGGACUUCCUGGCUGACGUGGACCUGCAAUAUCGCACAUCCGAAUACCUGGUGGAUGGAUCACUGUACUUGCACAUCAUUGUGAAGCCUAUUUACCAGACUCUCAUAGCAACCAAGAAAUAAUGUAACAGGCACAUUGAAGUAGGAUACACAUGCAUGAUUUAGAAGGUCAUACUUUUUUGAUGCAGGGAAGAAAACGUUUAGUGUAUCUAGUGUGAUUAAGACUAAUAAAGUGCAUCUCAACUGUCCUUAUAAAGUAUUGUAAGUUAGAGGUUUACUCUGGGGAAAAACGUGGUAGUCCAUAUGUAUGAAAUUAAAGGGGUAGUUCACACAAAAAAGAAAAUUCUGUCAUUAUUUACUCACCCUCUUGUCAUUCCAAAUUUGUAUGAGUCUUUCUCCCAUGGAAUACAAAAGGAAAAGUUUUGAAGAAUGUUAACGCUGCUCUCUGCUCUCUUACAAUGAAACUGGAAUGAGACCAGAAGCUGUCAAGCUCUAAAAAGGACAAAAACACCAUAAAAAGUUGAAAACUGUACUUUGAAAAUCUUGAUUGUUAGCUGUGGUCACCAUUCACUGGCAUUGUAGAGAGAAGAGCAGCUUGUACAUUCUUAUAAAUAUCUCCUUUUGCGUUCCAUGAAAGAAAGUGAACACAAGUUUAGUCAAUUAUGACAGCGAUUUGAUUUUUGGCAAAAUUAUUACUUUAAUACUGGGUGUGACAUACACUUUGUGUGCCAAAUAUUACUCAUAUCGCAGGUAUUUUUCAACUCAAUUAGGCAGAAGCCCUAAAUUAUGCAUGUAUAAUCAUGUAUGUAUAAUCAACACAACAUCAUGUCCAAACUGGAGAAAGAGAAAAGAUUGUUUUAUUCAGCAUAACAUAUUGUAAAUCAUAUUAUUAUGACUGCUUUAAAACAAAAAAUAAACAGAAUUUUGCCAUAAUAACAACAUAGUUCUUUACAUUUAAAGUUCCAUGGUGCUACUGUAAAUAUAAUGAGAAAUAUCACAUCUCUUUCAAACCUGUAAUGUCUUGAAAUGUCACACAGUUGUGCAGGUUAUUUAAUAUAUAAAAUUCUUAGUUCGUUUUUUCUCUGUAUUAUCUUAUCUUUAUGCCCACACUAAGUUUUUUUUUUUUUUUUAGACAAAUUUCCUUGCAUGUCGGGAUCACGUGUAGCCUAUGUUUAUUCACUCUCCUUUGAAAACCACACAAUAAAAUAAUGAUGCUUA